AUGGAAGAAACUCACUUAUUACCAUUACAUUCUUUAACUCAAGAAAUUGAUAUCGAGUCUGACUCUUCAAUUAGUUCAGACGACGAAGUAAUUGAAAAUGUUAUUCAAACGCUUGAUAAUGUAAUAGAUUUAACGAAUAUUACCAACGAAUUACAAGACAAUGAAGAAGAUGAUGAUCAAAAACAAGCUGAAAUUGACAUUCCAAUAUCUUCCAUGAGUGAUACAGCAACUAAUCUGAUUCAACCAACAAAAUCUCAUUACAGCAACGACAAAUUCAUCGAAAAUUCUUCUUCAAAACGUCGAUCUUGGACUGUUCAAGAAAAACUAAAUGUUAUCAAUGCAUUUAAAAAAUGCAAAAAUAUUUCUGAAGUUAGUCGACAACAGCAUUGUGAUCGAAAACAGAUUCGGGAAUGGUUAAAAAAAGAACAACAAUUGUUACUCAUCAAGGGUCAAAAAAAUGAAAAAAAGUUGAUCGUAAUUGAAGCCCACCUUCAAACUUAUAAUUUUCAAAACAAAUUAGAAGCCCAGUGGGCUUCUAUUCUGCAGAGGGGUUUACACUAA